CUGAUGUACAGGGCAGCGCCAUGUUGACAAGAGGCGGUUGCUGCUAAGUGUGAAAUGGAGUUUUUCCACAGUGAAUAGGUAAAUGUUGUGUUGUGAUGGGCAAUUAUAAAAACAAUGAUCGUGUGUGAGUGCUUGAAAAUUUAGUGAGUUCGGUUUCGACGACGAAUAUUAACGUUUAGAAUAGUAGAUAGGGGGUAUAGAGGCGAGUGAAAUUGCGUUAUUGGGGGCUCUAAUCUCCUUAUAUCUCAACGUGGAUGAGGCUUCUGCAAUCUAGUUAUCUUAACGAGAUUAAAUUCAGGGCUAACGUGACUAUACGAGCAUGUCAGCGGUCAAACUUAAUCACCACACCCAGCUAACUGCGAUGGUCGCCGUUCCAGGAAGUGUCAGUCUGUAGGUGUGUUUUGGUCUAGCCGGCGUGGAUGAUAUCAAAGAGGAGUUGCCUUAAACAGCCCCAUCAACAAGAGCACGAACAUGCAGUGUUGUCAAUCAGAUGAGGCUCGAGAACAGAAACGAAUCAACGCUGAAAUUGAAAAACAGCUCCGACGAGAUAAGCGAGAUGCUCGCCGAGAACUUAAACUUUUGCUCCUUGGCACUGGUGAAUCUGGGAAGUCCACAUUCAUCAAGCAGAUGCGGAUUAUCCAUGGAGCCGGAUAUUCCGACGAAGACAAAAAGGGCUUCAUUAAACUGGUCUACCAAAACAUUUUCAUGGCGAUGCAGAGUAUGAUAAAGGGAAUGGAAAUGCUGAAGAUCCUGUAUUGUCAUUCUUCCUGCCAGGAAAAAGCAGAGCUAAUAAAAAGUAUUGACUAUGAAACGGUGACAACGUUCGAGGCUCAAUACGUUGAGGCGAUAAAGGACCUCUGGAAUGAUGACGGUAUAAAGGAAUGUUACGACCGAAGAAGGGAGUACCAACUUACAGAUUCAGCCAAAUACUAUCUUAGCGACCUGGACCGAAUACGAGCUCCCGACUAUCUACCCACCGAGCAGGACAUCCUCAGAGCGAGGGCGCCCACGACGGGCAUCAUAGAGUACCCUUUUGAUCUCGACUCCAUUAUUUUUAGAAUGGUAGAUGUAGGAGGACAAAGAUCGGAGAGAAGAAAAUGGAUCCACUGUUUUGAGAAUGUAACUUCCAUUAUCUUUUUAGUAGCUUUAAGUGAAUAUGACCAGAUCCUUUUUGAAUCAGAAAAUGAGAAUCGUAUGGAAGAAUCGAAAGCGUUAUUUAAAACUAUUAUAACUUACCCAUGGUUCCAACAUUCAUCGGUUAUAUUAUUUUUAAAUAAGAAAGAUUUAUUAGAAGAAAAAAUUAUGUAUUCCCAUCUUGUUGACUACUUUCCAGAGUUUGAUGGUGCUCAACGAGAUGCGAUUGCAGCUAGGGAAUUUAUCCUCAGGAUGUUUGUAGACCUAAAUCCGGACAGUGAAAAAAUCAUAUACUCACACUUUACUUGUGCUACAGAUACGGAAAACAUAAAGUUUGUGUUUGCGGCCGUAAAAGAUACAAUAUUGCAGUCGAAUUUGCGGGAGUAUAAUUUGGUUUAGAAGAUGCUUGAAGCCCACAUUGAUAAUCUACCUACUUUUGUACCACACAAACAAACUACAAAGACAACCAUAACCGUAAAUAAAUACACAACAAGUUGAUGGCAAGCAUUAAGAAGAAAAUGUGUUGUAAAGAGUUUGUACAAGAUUGGUUGUAUGUAUUGCAUUUUAAAGGAGGAGAGCCUGGGAUAUAAAAUACAACAAACAAACAAAAAAUGGACUAAUUGUGAUGUUACUAUUAUAAUUAACUGUCGAUUAAAUUUAUUUGUGUCCAAGUGUGCGCUUAGCUUAGUGGCUGCAAAUGGAUUAUUUAGUGCCAUUUAAUAUAGAAAUGGUCUUUGAUGGAUGAUUAAAGCCAAAGUGUUUUUUUAAAGUGACUCUAAUUCAUUAUAUAAAUAGUAUUGUUAUAUAUAAUAUAUUAAAUUAAUGUAGAGAUAGCAAGUAAGACUAAAAUUUUCUCCCUGGAUUUGCAAGAUCUUCUGAAUGCUGCAGUCUUGAAGCAUGUCAUCGCAACAGACACAAAUAUUCACUACUACCUAGGCUUUUAUUAUUUUUAUGUAUGAUGUAUCACAAUCAUCUUUUGUAUAUGAUGUUUGCCAUUGCCAUGGCAGCCAGUCAGCAGACAUGUUGACUGUUCCGAUGGCCACAUGUAAUUUUCUGUAAUAUAAGACUGCUCGUGUCUAAGGGAUGUUUGCAAUAAAGAGGGGCGUAUUCAGAAAGCGAUUAACUGGAAUUUAAACUGUUAGUGAGCUUUCUUUGCAUAUUGUUCAGUUUAAAUAACUAUGGGUCAAAACAAGUCAAACAGGACACCUACAGAAGUUUUUUUAUAGGUUUUCAAAGUAAAUGUUUCUCAGGUAAAAAUUUUAUUAAAUUUCCAUAUAUUUUACAAACAAUUGCGAUGACAAAAUUUACACAUUUUAUUAUUAUUUACUUAUUUAUAUUUUGAAAAGUAAUAGAGAUAUUUGAAUGCUUUUUUUAAACAAAUAUGUUACUUAUUUUUAUUGAACUUUUAGAUAAAAAUAUACAAAUUACAAACUUUUUUUGGACAAAGUAAUUAAAUUCGU